GUGCUCCGAUGAGGUGACCCAGAAGCUGAAGGCCACAGCCCAACACAGAGUAGAGCGGGAUGGGAUUCUGGCCACAAGACUCUGUACCCACCAGGAUGAUGUGGCGCUGACCAAUGAGCGGAGGCUGCAGCAGCUGCCUGGCCAAGUCCACAGCUAUGAAGCUGUAGAUAGUGACCCUGACAUGGUCAGGACCCUCGAUUCGCAGUGUCCAGUGGGUCAUCUCCUGCAACUGAAGCUGGGAGCCCAGGUGAUGCUGGUGAAGAACCUGGCAGUAUCUCAGGGCCUGGUAAACGGAGCUCGGGGCGUCGUGGUGGGAUUCGAAGCAGACGGGAGAGGGCUUCCCAGGGUGAAAUUCCUGUGUGGCGUCACAGAGGUGGUCCGGACCGAGCGCUGGACUGUGCAUGGCCCUGGGGGUCAGCUCCUCAGCAGGCAGCAGCUGCCCCUCCGGCUAGCCUGGGCUCUGUCCAUUCACAAGAGUCAGGGCAUGACUCUUGACUGUGUGGAGAUCUCGCUGGCCCGAGUGUUUGAGAGUGGCCAGGCCUACGUGGCCCUCUCUCGGGCCCGAAGCCUGCAGGGGCUGCGGGUGCUGGACUUUGACCCCAACGUGGUCCGGUGUGAUCCCCGGGUCCUCAAGUUCUACGCCUCUCUCCGCAAGCAG